UCGUUUCCCCUGUGAGGCUCAUCCGGGCGCGCGCGCAGCGGGCUGCGCAUGGUACAGCCCUAGACCCAACCAGCUCGUCGUACGACGACCAGAGCCUUCUCACUCCCCCACCCCCCUCUUUUUCCCUUCCCCCCCUUUACCACUCCCUUACGCAACCUCUCUUGCGUAUGUUGGAAUUCGAUGACCUACCUCCUCGUGCUGCACUACCCUUUCUUCGACGCCGCGCUUUGUACGCUGUCAACGGCCCAGCCCUUUCUUACCACGUAAAUGUUGAACGUGCUAAUAUACUACGGCGUUGAGGCAAAAUUUCGAUAAUGAAUACAUUAUGAAUGACACAGUUUCAGAACCCCUUUAAACAUAUCCGAGUCUUGGAUCUUGAGGGUAUUUCGCAACCACCCAAGCCCGGCAAUACCGAUGCUGGCCAGAACCACCCAUAUGAGUUGCGCUGCCAGUUGCGAGUCGUCGAUCUCGACGAAAAUCCACGCCCGAAAUUUAUCGCCCUAUCAUAUGUCCGGGGUCGGGUGUCGUCCAAAGAGCCGCGGACGAUAAUGUGCGAUGGGCACUCGAAAGUCGUAACAGACAAUUGCUGGGAAGCGUUGAGUCAACUGCGCGAUGCUCCUGACCCUGAUCGGAAUAAUGAUGGGUCUAUAACUCUAUCGUUUCUUGAAUUUGCUUACAGUUGGAGACCGCUAUCUACCUUCGGGUGAUUUUAUGGACGAGAUAUUUGGCAGGCCUUGAGUCAGUCGCAUUUGGAC